UUUCAGCUGGCGUGUUCCUCUAGAGCCAGCCCCACCCACGGCAGAGAUGUUGUCCGUGAGGGUGGUCUGCCUGGUCCUGAGUGUGGUGGGCGGAGUUCAGGCGGCAGAUAAGGCUGAAGGUGAAUUUAUCGCUGAAGGAGGAGGUGUGCGUGGCCCAAGAAUUGUGGAUAAACCUCAAUCUGCCUGCAAAGAGUCUGGCUGGCCCUUCUGCUCUGAUGAAGACUGGAACUACAAAUGCCCUUCAGGCUGCAGGAUGAAAGGGUUGAUUGAUGAAGUCAAUCAAGAUUUUACAAACAGAAUAAAUAAACUAAAAAAUUCACUCUUUGAUUAUCAGAAGAACAAUAAGGACUCUAACACACUGACCAGGAACAUAGUGGAUAUUUUGAGAGGGGAUUUUGCCAGCGCUAACAACAAGGAUAAUACAUUUGGCCAAGUGUCAGAAGAUCUGAGAAGCAGAAUUGAGAUCCUGAAGCGCAAAGUUAUAGAACAAGCACAGCAUAUCCACAUUCUGCAGAAAAAUGUCAGGGAUCAGCUGAUAGAAAUGAAACAACUGGCGGUGGACAUUGAUAUUAAGAUCCGAUCUUGCAAAGGGUCAUGCAGUAGGGCUUUAGACCACAGGGUAGAUCUUGAGGACUAUAAAAAUCAGCAGAAGCAACUUGAACAGGUUAUUGCCAUAGACUUAUUUCCUGCUAGAGAUACUGAAUACUUACCACUGAUAAAAAUGAAGCAAGUUCCAGGCCUGAUUGCCAAAGAGUACAAGAGCCAGAUUCCGGAGGUUAUCCCAGAGUGGAAGGCAGUGCUGGAAAUGCAGCAGACCAAAAUGGUGUUAGAGUCAUCUGGUGGAGAUGGGCACACCAGAGGAGACACUACACCUCAUGGAACAGGCUUAACACCAGAAAGCCCCAGGAAACAUGGAACCGGUAGUGCUGGAAAUGUGAACCCUGGGAGCUACGGACCUGGAGGUGCUGGCACCUGGAAACCUGGACGCCCUGAGCCCGGAAGUGCUGGCACCUGGAGCUCUGGACACCCUGAGCCCGGAAGUGCUGGCACCUGGAGCUCUGGACACCCUGAGCCCGGAAGUGCUGGCACCUGGAGCUCUGGACGCCCUGAGCCCGGAAGUGCUGGCACCUGGAGCUCUGGACGCCCUGAGCCCGGAAGUGCUGGCACCUGGAGCUCUGGACGCCCUGAGCCCGGAAGUGCUGGCACCUGGAGCUCUGGACGCCCUGAGCCCGGAAGUGCUGGCACCUGGAGCUCUGGACGCCCUGAGCCCGGAAGUGCUGGCACCUGGAGCUCUGGACGCCCUGAGCCCGGAAGUGCUGGCACCUGGAGCUCUGGGCGCCCUGAGCCCGGAAGUGCUGGCACCUGGAGCUCUGGGCGCCCUGAGCCUGGAAGUUCUGGCACCUGGAGUUCUGGAAGUUCUGGAUCUGGAAAUUUUAGGCCAGAUGGCUCAGUGCAAGGGAACCUCAGGCCUUCCAACCCAGACUGGGGCUCAUUUAAAGAGGUGUCUGGAAGUGUAAGUUCAGGGACAAAGGAAGAGGCCCACACAGGUAAACUGGUCACUACUAAAGGGGAGAAAGAGCUUCUGACUGGAAGUGAGAAGGUCACCUCUGGUCAAAUAACCACUCGUCGUUCAUGCUCUAAAACCAUUACAAAGACUGUUACAAAUGCCGAAGGUCACACAGAAACGACCAAAGAAGUGAUAAACUCUGAAGAUGGUUCUGGCUGUGAUGAUGCAGGUUUAGACUUGCACCAUACUUUGUCUGGCAGGGGUAGCCUAGAUGAAUUCUUUAGUAAGCAUGAUGAAUUUUUCCCCCCUUUAAGACAGUUGCAUCCUACGGGAUCAGAAUCUGACAUUUCAGGCGUAGGGGGACUCGGCUUUCACCUCCCUGAGGUCCCUUCCAGUGGUAAAACUUCAAGUCACAGCAAACAAUUUGUAAGCUCUAGCACGACUAUCAACAGAGGAGGCUCCACAUUUGAAAGCAAGGGCUAUAAAAUAACAGAUGAGGCUGAAAGUGAAGAGGACCUUGGCUUCAAAGGAGCACAUGCCACCAAGAGAGACCAGGCUAAAGUUCGCUUUUCUAGAGACUGUUAUGAUGUCCUCCAAACACAUCCUUCAGGUGCCCAAAGUGGCAUUUUCAAUAUCAAGCUACCAGGAUCCAGUAAGAUUUUUUCUGUUUAUUGCGAUCAAGAGACCGGUUUGGGAGGAUGGCUUUUGAUCCAGCAAAGAAUGGAUGGUUCACUGAAUUUUAACCGGACCUGGCAAGACUACAAGAAAGGUUUCGGCAGCCUAAAUGACAAGGGAGAAGGAGAAUUCUGGCUAGGCAAUGAACACCUCCACUUACUAACCUUGAGAGGCUCUGUCCUUCGGGUUGAAUUAGAAGACUGGGCUGGGAAAGGGGCUUACGCAGAAUAUCACUUGAGGGUAGGCUCUGAGGCAGAAGGCUAUGCCCUGCAGGUCUCCUCCUAUGAGGGCACAGCAGGUGAUGCUUUGAUUGAGGGUUCCGUGGAGGAAGGGACAGAGUACACAUCUCACGCCGGCAUGCAGUUCAGCACCUUCGACAGGGAUGCAGAUAAGUGGGAAGACAACUGUGCUGAAGUCUACGGAGGAGGCUGGUGGUACAACAACUGCCAAGCGGCCAAUCUCAAUGGCAUCUACUACCCUGGGGGCUCCUAUGACCCCAGGGACAACAAUCCCUAUGAGAUUGAGAACGGAGUGGUCUGGGUCCCUUUCAGAGGUGCAGAUUAUUCCCUCAGGGCUGUUCGCAUGAAAAUCCGGCCCCUCGUGACAGCAUAGGCCGAAGGAGUGGAAGUGAGAGCACUCCGUUUCUUUGUUUAGUGAAGAGGAAGAAAAAAUAAGGACGAGAUAAGAGUGGAGAUUCUUUGCAGCCUACUAAAAAUUCUCAGGUGCUAUUUUAUUAUUCUUUGUACUGUAGCUAAAUGUAACAGACAUA